GAACAAGCGUCGAUUCUCGGUUUGAGUAAGUAAGUCGAUAAAAGACAUUUUCAAAAAGUAACGUCGGUCAUCGUGUAUUGGUAUUGCGCGUUGUCCUGGUGGUUGAUGGUAGUGCAUUGUGACGUCGGUCGUGCAACAUUGCGGAAUGUCUCGAAUGUCUUGGAUUGGUUAUGAUCUACUUGGACAGCAAGAACUCUGAUUGUGACAUCUACCCAUGGUGACAGGUCUUCCCUUUUCCCUCUUGGAGCAAGCGUAGAAGAUUUCUAAUACGUAUACGUGCCUUUUUUGAUUGCGUGUUCUUGAUGUUAAUAAGGUGAACACAUUCACCGGUAUCCUGCGAGAAAAAAAGACGUUGCGUAGUAGAGUUCCUCUCGUCGAUAGAGGCUCUUUUAUAAAAAACUGUACGCGAUUUUGAUUUUGUUUGGUCCGGUGGAAUUUUUAUCGUUUACCAAAAUAAAUGAAAUUCGUGGGGACGGCACUGACUCUCGGGAGUGGAGCUUUUGACGGACCGGCUCCGACUGCAGCCGUAGAGGUCGAGAAAUUGUAGCCGAAUGGUAAUCCGCACAAGCCCACUGCCACAAACGCGCUCACUGAAGCCUGGCUUUCAUGUUACGACGAGUUUUCCCAAGCUAAACGUAGUUCGGACCGGUUUCCGGGCGUGACGUCCUUCGAUGAAGUGUGCCAGAAACUGCCGGGUGGGCAUACCGAUGCGAAAUACGUGGGGGGGGGAAAUGGGGGGGAACGCGUCGUUAAAUUCGAAACAAAGUUGGGAACCCCGUGGGGUAGCUGGGACAGAAGACAUGAAGACAUGCGAUUCUGCUGCGAUGUAUGGGCCCAAAGCCACGACAACUUUCUGCCAGCUGUGACAGUACAGGGGAACAAGGGCGUGGGGUUUUCUUCAUCUCGCUUCUUUUUUGUGACGUAAGUAGUUGUUUACGCACAGUCGAAAGUAGAUUGCUUGAAAUUUUUGACCUCCUUUAUUGACUAUCUUCAUGCGCUACAGGAUUAGGAAGAGCAACUAAGUUUGAUGUUUAGAUCCAAACGAUCGCUCACUUGACUUUGUGCUCGGUCAUUCAACACACAGUGGGUCUGGCGGCCGAGUCAGAGCCGUUUCUGCACAAAGUGCAGGCGUGGGGUCGAGCGACCCCCUCCACCAGACCUACAGGCUGAAGGCCUCGGCUCUGUUGCUGGUCGGAAAGCCCGGCACUCAGCCUCCCUGAACGACGUCGAUUCUGGCAGCUAGCCGGAGCCCUCUAAUGGGAAGCUGAGCCACACCCAAGUCCGAAAAAACCUAGGCUCACACUGAACGCGUCCGCGCUUGAAGGAAACAGGCGCGCCCUUGUGGUAUACAUAGGUUGGCUGUCCACUUUAAGAUGGGCGCUCAGUCUCCCUCGGGCUGGAGGAGGGAGUAGCACGCAGCAGCCUACCAAAGGGCACACUGCCAGCAUCAUCGUCAGGAGAUCGCCUUCGUCUUGCGUAUUCAUCGGGAUAGGCAUAGGUGUGCAGUAGGGAUCAGUAACAGCAGUGUAGGCGAAGGACCGUUCGGAGAUCUAUUUCUAUUCGCUAAGUUUGUUCUGUUCUUGCAAGUGAAGAAAUGCAAUGAAAAGCCGUAGAGUGGAAUUCCUUCCAGUCGGGCUGUGAUGCCCUCUGGGUAGAUAUAGAUACUAGUCGCGGUAUGUUGAUUUGGCUUUUGCUUAUGCAUGAUUCCAAUCGUCCGGGUGGUAGGAAAUGGUCCAGGGACAAGUACUAUAUUGUUCUCCGGCUUCAACUGUCACCAGAACUGAACAGCAGAAAUUGUCUAGCGUGGGCGGGGUAUACACUGACCACUUGAAGACGUGUCGGGGUCUUUUUGAAUGGCAAAAACCAAGUACGCUUUUGGGAACACCGAGAGGUACAACUCACGAUUACCGGAACCAGAAAUGCCAGGAGUGGUCUCAGAUCCCGAACAUGGUUUUCAACAAGGACAAGAUGGACGAAACCCACGAGCUGAUCACCGCCGUGUCGCCGCCGCAAGACAAAGCAGCGUGGUGCUGCACCUAUACUUCAUUUGACCCGACGGCCGCUCCACCUCCACUUCAGCUCCCCGCCGGCGCUCCACAAAACACACAACCGACACAUUAUGUCGGUUGCUGCUAGGGCGCCAGAUUGCAAAUGGAAUCGAGAGGCGGCGUGGCACGGGGGCCCGUUGCUGGUUGUUAAGUACUUAUAUGGCCUGCUCAACUGUGACAAUCUAUCUCAAGUGUGACGGAGUGGUGCAACUGCUUUGUGAAGAGGGUGUUCUAUUUUUUAGCGAUACGUCGACUGACGAAUCGGAAUGACAGAUCCGCUCACCUUGAGCUGGUUUGCAAGCCGUGACAAACCUGUCGCGCAGAACGCUUAGGCUGCUCUUGCAGAACGGGUGUACCCUGUCACUUUUGACAGUGUUUCAGCUGCACAGGGUAUAGUACCCAUGGGUGCUCGGGGUUUCGGGCUCCAAGAGGACGAGAUUGGACUGCUUAUUUUAUUUUCUUAUUUUCAAAUGACUUACUUUGACUUUCACUUUACACAUUGAUUUCGAUAUGCAAACUUCUAUUUCGACAAUCUAACAGCACCCAACUUCUGACGUUUUAUUUUUCAUUUUUCUGCAUUAAAUCUGAAGAUUUUAAUUUCCCUCGGUCUUUUCGUUUCUUAUUCUUUGUAGAAGUAUCUCUGGUAUGAUCUAAAAAAUCAAAAUUUUGUUUCCGAAAAUUGAACCUUUUUGUAAAAAGUGAAGAAUUGCCUUACGUAUCAACUCUGCAUUACCCUCCUGUUUAGUGGAUCUUCUAGCUUUUGAGUGUCAGCACCAUUAAGUAUUCUUCCUUGAAUUUUGUAACCAAAGCACAGAUUGCGAUGCCAUUGCUACUUAUGCUUAUCCGAGGACUCAUGAUUGAUGCAGAUGCGAGCAGGGUGCGCAAAUCAAAUACUUCGACUGCUUCCACCAUCUGAACAGUGUGCGUUGGUCUACUGUUGACUUACUUACUCGCAAGAAGAUCUUGGUCCUACAAU